AUGACAGAGCCGGACCGAACACCGGAGCCCGAAGCACCGGAACCUGAAGCGCCGGAACCACUAGGAAUGACAGAGCCGGACUGCACACCGGAGCCAGAAGCGCCGGAGCCACUAGGAGUGCCAGACCCAGAGCGACCACUAGGAGCAACUGAUCCUGACUGCGUACCGGAGCCUGAAGCGCCGGAUACACUAGGAGCAACAGAUCCUGACUGCGCACCGGAGCCAGAAGCACCGGAGCCACUAGGAGCAACAGAUCCUGAGCGAGCGCCAGACCCUGAGGACAGACGCGCCGGAUCCACUAGCAGCGACAGACCCAGAUUGGGUACUAGAUCCAGAUUGAGCGCCGGAGCCCGAAGCGGCGGAGCCACUAGGAGCAACAGAACCAGAUGGAGUGCCAGAGCCAGACGCGCCGGAGCCAGAAGAGCCAGAUCCACUAGGAAUGACAGAUCCCGACUGCGCACCGGAGCCAGAAGCGCCGGAACCACUAGGAAUGACAGAGCCGGACUGAACACCGGAGCCUGA